AUGCCUCCUCAACACGUUGCAGUUCUAGGAGGAGGCCUUACAGGACUCUCGUCGGCUUUCCAUCUUUCACGCAGGUACCCGUCUACGCAGAUAACUCUUAUUGAACGUCAGAAACGUUUGGGUGGCUGGGUACGCAGUGAACGCGUUGUUUUGCCUGGCACCACCACCUCAGUCCUUCUAGAAGCAGGCCCCCGGACUCUUCGACCCCAUGGAAAGUCCGUUCUUGAGCUGAUUCAUCUAUUGAAUCUACGCGACGAGGUCAUUACUGUUCCAAAGUCAGCAACGGCUGCGAAAGCCCGGUUCUUGUACGUUCCAAAAAUGUAUGGCGAUAAAAUAGAAGGCAUGCAGACGCUCCCUUCUUCCAUCGUGUCUCUCUUGGGAUCACCUCUGUUUCCUACCCUGCUCCAGGCCGUCGUUGGCGAGUUUUUUGGGAGGAGAAACAGACCCCCGGACGUGCUAGAUGAGAGCGUUGACGCGUUUCUCACUCGUCGGUUUGGAGAGUCUUUUGCGCGAAUAUUUGGGAGUGCGCUCGUGCAUGGAAUUUAUGCUGCCGAUUCUAGGCAGCUCAGCACGCGCGCAGCUUUUCCUUCGCUGUGGGAAGCGGAGGAAAGGGGAGGGGGAAGCGUUGUCCGUGGAUUCCUUCGCAAAAAAGCACCAGUGGAAGACGACUACGAGUUGGGAAAUAUGCUGGACGUGAUGAAAGAUGUCUCUGUCUACUCGUUCCGGGAUGGCAUUCAAACCCUGACGAACGCAUUGGAAAGCUAUCUGGUGGCUCGCGACAAUGUCAGAAUUCUUCGGGAAACGAAUGUUUCUCUGCUGGAGAAGACAGGCGAUACAUGCAAGCUUAGCUCAAGUCAUGUCGUUUCGGCGCUUCCGCUCGCGGCGCUUCAAUCGAUUAGUUCGGUUUUCAUUCCGCACUUGACGGCAAACCCUAUGUCGACGGUAGACGUGGUCAACCUUGUCUUCCGAGCACCGCCAUCGGAAAUACACCCUGAAGGAUUUGGGUAUCUCAUUCCCCGGCCUCCGACAGGCUAUGCCGGUUGUAGGAUACUGGGAGUGGUGUUUGACUCGUGCUCCCUCCACGAACAGGAUAAACCAAACGUGGAAGACUAUUACCACAAGUCGGAAUAUACAAAGGUGACGGUUAUGCUCGGUGGGCCGUACGGCAGGGGUGAGUGGACUGUUCCUGGGAUAUUGGAUGAGAUGGAGGUACAUCUUGGUCGACGACCGCCAAGGCCUGUUUAUUGGCAACACCAUGAAGGAAGAAUACCUACGCCUACUCCUGGACAUUUUACACGAAUGAAGGAGGUUGUUGGUGAUAAUAUUUUCAUUAUUGGAUCUGGAGUUGGUGGAGUGAGUGUUGUGGAUUGUGUAUUUGCAGGAAGGGAGGUUUAUUUGUGA